AUGGUCGAAUCCACCUCUCUUGCACCGAUGGCGGAGUCAGGCGACACUUCCGUCGCUGGAAAUCUGAUAGUUUCUAGAGCGUCUCAGCCAGGUGGUCAAGGAAAGGAAGCGAUGUCAGGCCAACCGCCUGUAGCAUAUUCUCAGCAGCCACCGACGAAUGCCCGUCAUGCGUUCUCUUCGCAGCUGGAGAUCGGACCAUCCCCGCCACCGUACUCUCCGAGCGCCUCUUAUGAUAUGACACAAAUGGUAAACGCUUUGCCUGGUGGGUUCCGCACAGGGCAAUACCCUCAGGGGCAACCACGCUACCAUACAACGAACGCGCAUCCGAUACUUCAACAGCCGUCCCAGGUGCCAGGAUACGGGGGGCCGCAUGUCAUGCCAAUGGGGAACCAGGGCUACUAUAUUCAUCAACCGCAAGUGCAUCCCUACUAUGGUGGCCCCCAUAUGUCGCCGACGCAAGCGCAACCAUCAAUGGCUGGUCGGCAGGCCAUGUCAUACUACUCUGGCCAAAUGAUGAUGAAUCCCCCGCAGUCCGCCUACUACUACCCACAAGGGGGUCAGUAUCCGACCCAAGCGCCAGCUGUUGGAGGAAACUUGACACACAAUGCCUAUGUCUCGGGACAGGCGCUUGACGCGGACUCCCGGACGAACCAUGUACAUGACACCCGGGCAGUGACUCCACACAUUGCGAGGCAAGACGACACAGGCCGGCAAGGCUCUGUCCGGGGGCCGCCGAGGAAGCCUAGACAAAGCGGUCACGCCAUUUGGGUCGGCAACCUUCCCCCACAAACCGACUUGAUGAGCCUCGUUCAGCACGUUUGCAAGGAAACCUCAGGGCUCGAGUCUCUCUUCCUUAUUUCGAAGAGCAACUGCGCUUUCGCGAAUUUCAAAGACGACAAGACUUGCGUCGCUGCGCAGCAAAAGCUCCACGAUUCGAAAUUCCAAACCGUACGACUCGUGAGCCGACUGAGAAAAAACACAGUGGAGGGUGCGACAGGACUGACGGCCCCGACGGGGCCCUCGGCAAACAAUACCACGAGUGUCUCAACUCAGCCGCAAGUCGAUCCCGCGCAAGACGACACCCAGUUCGAAAGUGACAUCCCGGGCUCUGUGGUUCGUCAGCAUGACAAGGGCGCACAGUCAGUAGCAGAGACGGGCUUGCAGCAAGACAGAUUCUUCAUCUUGAAGAGCCUUACUAUGGAAGAUCUCGACCUGAGCGUAUCAACUGGGAUAUGGGCAACACAGUCGCACAACGAGGAAGCUCUCAAUAGUGCUUUCAAGGGCGCGGAUAAUGUCUACUUGAUAUUCUCCGCUAACAAAUCAGGGGAGUAUUUUGGAUAUGCUCGAAUGAUAUCGGAAAUCAACGAUGACCCUGCCGCAGCCAUCGAAUUUGCUCCAAAGACACAGGCAGCAGACGAAUUAGACUUGCCGAAGGCGAUCCCGACCGAAGCGACGGAACAUGCGCCAAAGGGCAAGAUCAUCGAUGAUUCGGCUCGCGGCACUAUCUUCUGGGAGGCGGAGAGGGACGAAACGGACGGUGUGUCCGAUAAUGAGAGUGAGGACUCAAGCGAGAAGAGCGCCGUUGUCGAUGGCGAGGCCAAGACUUGGGGGAAACCUUUCAAGUUGGAGUGGCUGUCAACACACCGCCUCCCAUUCUACAGGACCCGAGGUCUGCGAAAUCCGUGGAACUCCAACAGGGAGGUAAAAAUCGCAAGAGACGGAACCGAGCUGGAGCCAUCUGUCGGCCGCAGGCUGAUUGGACUUUUCAAUCGAGUCCAGAGUCCGGUGUCCAUGGCUCCACCAUUGGGUAUGCCCAUCGCUAUGGUGCAGGGCUAUCCGGCCAUGCGCCCAUACGGGCCUUAG